AUGUCUUCAUUAUACCAAAAGAUUCGCUCAGUCCCCUUCGACGUGCUCUGGCGCACAGCCUUGGUGCGUCUUCCACGAGCCGUUCCACUCUCCACCCUGAAAUGGACAUCACCUGAAGGACCACACCCAUUCAUCUUCCACAUGCCCUCGCGAUCCACAGAAUACACCAUACCGCUACACAUCUUCAUCGCCACGAGCCUGUACGACAAUCCGCCAGCCAAAGGAGCUCCUGUUCUGGUCGACUUCCACGGAGGAGGCUUUUACCUCGGCUCGUGCUUGGAGCAGGCACCUUUCUGUGCAUACAUGGCAAGGGAACUCGAUAGCAUAGUCAUCAGCGUCGACUACCGCAUGGGACCCUUCCACCGCUUCCCCGCAGCCAUUGAGGAUGGUGAGGACGUUCUGAGCGCAAUCCUCGACACCGACUUCCCUGGAUACGAGCCUCUGCGCCAAGCGAUUGUAUCAAGGAUACAGUCAGAGCGUGCCAAGAUUGCUAGAAAGGGAGAAGCAGCUGUCAACAAGCAGCACAAAGACGAGCUGCAGCACGGAAAGAUCGAACAGAUCUCGAUUCCUGCCCCUUCCGCCUCAUCCACAACCUCACCCUUGACAAAGACGCACGACACCUCUUUCGACUUCGACUCGAGCAAAGUAGCAAUCUCAGGUUUCAGUUCAGGCGGUAAUCUCGCUCUCAACUUAGCUCUGCACAUCAAGCCACCCGAGCUCGAAACCGAAUGGCCGAGCAGAUUCGCACAGAACUACCCUGCGCCCAUCCCGCUCCUCCUCUUCUACCCAUCUUUCGACCUCCGCCAACUGCCCUCGGAACGCUCACGACCUCAACACAUGGGCCUCCCAUCAGCAUUCUGGACCCAAGUCGCUGACUCACUCGCACCGACCUACGCAGAGCGGAAUGAAACUUUGCACCCACGCGUUUCCCCUGGCCUUGCAUCCCUCGAGUCCCUCCACCCAGCAGCGCGGAUGUUCCUCGUACUCUGCGAACUAGAUACGCUUGCAGAACAGUCCAAAGCAUGGGUAGCAAAAGUUCAGGCUCACGAGCGUACAGAGCACUUGGUGGUAGAAGACAUAGCAAACAUGAAACACGGCUGGACACAAAUGCCGGAUGGAUGGCUUUCAGAGGAGGAGAAGCAGGCUAAAGAAGUGGUGUUUGCCAAAGCCACUGCGUUUGUAGAAUGGGCUUGGAAUGGGAGCAAAGAAGCGGAUAAGCCAGAGCCGGAAGUUGUCGUGCCGCUGAAAGAUACGGGGAAAGCAGAGAUUGCUAAGAUCCAGCCUUAG